AUGGCUUGUGCGCUUGUAUCACACUUUUACAGAGUUCACGUCAAGAGAGAUCAUGUGUACAAGCCAUCUCCAAAGCGCGCUUAUCCCGUUGAUAACCCCCAAAGACUAACCAAACUCCGAUAUUAUGUCCAACUGAUGGGAUUAGAGCUAUAUGAAUACCGUAUUGUCACCAAAGACGGCUUUGUUAUUAGUUUACAGCGGAUGGUGGAUCCCAACACUGCACCUACCGGCCCUCCGAUUCUGCUUUUACACGGACUACUUCAGUCAUCCGGGUCUUUUGUUACGAGUGGUUAUAAGAGCUUGAGUUAUUUACUAAUUCGAAAUGGCUAUGACGUCUGGCUGGGAAACAACAGAUGCGGGUUUGACCCUCAACACACAUUUUUAAGUUCUAAUGAUCCCGAGAUGUGGGACUGGGACCUCACUGAGAUGGCAAAAUACGAUCUUACCGCCAUGGUGGACGAAAUACUGCAUAUCACAAAGAAGGAAAAAGUCAGCUUGAUUGGCCAUUCGCAAGGAACUGCCCAGAUGGCCAUGUUUCUCUCUGGUGAGUUUGAAAUAGGAUAUGAGGACAAGAUCGACAAGUGUAUCAUGCUGGCGCCAGCGAUAUUUGGUGGAUCGUUGCUUAAUUCGAAAAUAUUUAUUCAGUUCAUCAAGUUGCUACCUAAUUCCGUUUACGAUGCGUUUUUUGGACUCAACUCGUUCAUGCCAAUUAUGAUGAAGCUCAGAAACAUAAUAGUUGGCUCUCCCGCAUUUGGAUUUUUGAGCUAUGCAAUGUUCAGUUUUUUGUUUGACUGGAACGAUCAUCUUUGGGACAGAGAACUUAGACCGUACCACUUUAUUUUCUCUCCAGUCUACAUCUCGGCGAAACUGAUGAAGUGGUGGCUCAGUAAGCACCAUGGACAGGGUUUCCAGAUGGGAGAAUCUAUUUUUAAAAGAGAGCGGGAAUGGUUUAGUUACAAAACGCCUCCGAUGUAUUUAGUCAUUGGAGAGAAGGACAAGCUAGUUGACGGAAACUUGUUGGUGCGCCAUUUAGAGUUGAACGAGCCUGCCAUGCGAGGACGGUUUGGGUACCAGAAAGUGAAGCAUUAUAGUCACCUUGACGUCUUGUGGUCAGAUGACUUAAUAGAGGUGGUAGGGGAAAACAUCCUCAACUUUCUUGCCACCAUGUAG